UUCAAAAAAUUGCAUUAUCAUCUUUGUGAAUGCAGCUUUUUUAUAAUGACUAUGUAUUGUGAACCUAAUGAAGCAUCCCAUCAUCAUGCACUGAUUCCCUGAUGAUAACAUACAGUUUUAUGACACUGGCAGGUAAAGCUCUGAGAACAGCGCCAAAGCAUGCAUUUCAUUAGCUGCACAUGCCGUGAGAAGGACACCUUCCAUCCACUGUCAUGGAAAGACUGCCAAACGCUAGAGGCAGGCCGAGGGAGUCGUGUUAUAGUCGUGUCGAGCCCCCCAGAAGAUCACUAAUGAGCCUCUGUGAGUGUAACGUCAGCCUCGCUCCCAACAGCGGUGGAUCAAUCUGUUCCCACACACCGUAAAUCACACACACCUCGCUUGGGCACAGCGGACAUGGAAGGUCUGCGGGGACCAAUUCCCUACAGCUUUUGCUAUUCUUUUGGGGGCGCCAGCGGCAGGACCAGGAGGGCCGUGAUGGGAAACUCUUUAAUCAAACUCCAUCGGUGGUCCACCUUGGUGGUCAAAAUUUUGUUAGCGUGUUAGCACAGGUUACUGACAUAUAAAUAACUGAUUCAUUGAUAGAAAUGAUUCAGUUUGGCGCCCCCAUCAUUUCCAGACUUGUAUUUAGGUUGAUUUUCUCCAAUAAUCCAUAAUUCCAAAAACAUGCUAGGUUAAUUGGUGACUCCAAAUUGUAGCACGGAGGCCUCACAGCUAGGAGACCCGAGUUCGAUUCCACCCUCGGCUAUCUCUGUGUGGAGUUUGCAUGUUCUUCCCGUGCAUGCGUGGGUUUUCUCCGGGUACUCUGGUUUCCUCCCACAUUCCAAAAACAUGCUAGGUUAAUUGCCGACUCCAAUUUUUCCAUAGAUAUGAAUGUGAGUGUGAAUGGUUGUUUGUCUAUAUGUGCCCUGUGAUUGGCUGGCGACCAGUCCAGGGUGUAACACCGCCUCACGCCCGAAGACAGCUGGGAUAGGCUCCAGCACCCAUUGCGACCCUCGUGAGGAAAAGCGGUAGAAAAUGAAUGAAUGAAUGAAUGUAGUAUUAAGGUUACUUUUUAAAAUGGCGGCUCAGGGCUUGCGUGUGAGACACACACAUUAGUGCACCUAUGACAGCGUGCAACAGGAACCCAAGUGGCCAUCAACAAAACUACCAAUGGCAACAAGGGGGGAAGUGACGCCUCUAACAAAGCCCUCGAUGACCCUUCCCCCUGCAUCCAAUACCCUCUCUCUCUUACUCGCUCACUCACACACACACACACACACACACACACCUCUCAUUUCCAGCAACGUCUGGCUGGCUCUCCCCGUCCUACCCUCAAGGCCAGAUGCACGGUGGGGUAGGGCGCGAGUGGCGAGCAUUACGGUGACAUGUUUAUGGCGGCUGUGAUCAGCAGGGGGGGGACACAAGCAGGAGUGGUGGCACAGGCCAUUCAUUAUGAUGUGGAGGAAAUGAAACAUAGUAGUCCAGCUCCGUCUGGCAACUUACUGAAUGUACAGGAGGUAGGUCAGAUGAUCCGUCAAAAAUAUUCGUUUUCAUAUAGGCACUUAUUUUGACAUUUUCAUACUGCAUGCUCCAGGGUCCCUCCACAGUAGUGAAAUGUAAUGUAUAUUUUAUUAUUUGACAAAAAUAUUAUUUUAGGUACGGAGAAAGGACACAGAAACUAAACAAAUGAAGCCCAUUAAAGUACAUGCAAAUAUGCUAGAACUAUCUUUGAACAGCAAUGCAAGAACAGAGGCUGGCACUAUACAUUUUAUAAAAGUGUCCAGGUUGGUCAACCAAUCGCUAUAGAUAGUAGGUGUUAGUAGGUCUCGGAGAUUAACUCAUUUGAGAUUAACUCAUUUGCUUUGUUUCGAGGCGUAACUUGAGUAAUUGACAUAAGUUUCAACGUGUUGGUGGCCUCUUCUCCACGCGCCGCCAUUUUGUACAAGACGAAUGCUAAUCAUGGGCGCUCUCUUACGUACACUUUAUUUACGGCUGGAAUUAAAACAACAGAGCCGUUGUCUACAAAGUCAAACUUAACCCCCUGUUUGUUACUUUUUCCGAGGUGGACGCCAUCAAACAAACAGAAAAUGCAUUUAUAUAUAUAUAUUUUUAUUAAUCGUCCGAUCUCUCCCAUAAAUGUAUAAAUAUGUCUAUGCAACUCCACCAUAGAAGAGAAGCAUGUUUGGUACAAUUUUAAGCUGGGAAAACGGCUACACGGUAGCAGAAGUGAAUUUUAUAAGAACUCGGCCUGCAACUUUCCCAUUUGAAUAUUUCAAAUUUGAAUGCAUUCACACCCACGGUUUAGUUCCAAAUGUGAAAACGGUAAAUAGAAAUAGUUAUUUUCAUGUAAAACAACUAUUUUUUUAUGGUUUAUUUAAGGAAUAGUUGUUUAUAUAUUUUGACUAAAUUUAUGUCAAACUGAAAGUUAUCCUUCAAAUGUAUCUUUUCACUAAAAGCCGUUUCUAUCCCUUUUUGUUGGGAACUGAUAUUUUGCUGAAACAUCGUUCUACUGCUGAUUACUAAAUAAUAAAAAACAAAUGUAUGAACUAGCUUUUUCUUCUGAUAAAAGAUGAGAGUCUAUAUACCAUAUCUAUAUAGCCCUAGAACACAAUAUUCUGUGUGCUGUCAAAAAUCAGUCAAUCAAAUAUGGCUAGGAUUGAAUGAGUUGAUAAAAUAUCUAUCUCUCUUUACGCAAGUAUUAAGUACGUUUUACAUGCAGUAUUAGUUUUUUCUGUUCUGUUCAUAAUAUUAAUUCUAAAACUGAAUUUCAAGUAGAUUGAGGGGAUGAAUUUUACUUCCGUUUUUAGUUUCACAUCAACCAAUGAAAAUAGUCAAUGAACUAACGUGUGUUAUCAAUAUGUGAUAUGUUCAGGCAGACAUGGUAGACCCCCCGCCCCGCCCCCGGUCUCACAGUCAGUGCACAGGAACAGGAGCAGUGGUGUCGGGGGAUGGGGAAAUGUAAUUAGGCCCACCAGGUGCACAGAUCAGGGAACUAGUUAGUGCUUUUCAAAUUUAUUACUUCCGCAUGUUUUUUUUUUUUUGGGUGAAGGAGUGCAAAAUCUUCUAAAUGAGGCUGCAGUGACGACUGGCAACAAGCAGACUGAUUGUGACCAAGCUUUGGGCACUGCAGGCCAUCAGCAGCACACACACACACACACACACUUUAAUAAACACACUGGCAGUGUGCCUCUGGUCAAUUUAGGACCGGUUACUUAGCAACAAAGCAAAUAUUUCACCGUCAAAUUUUUCCUACAUCACAUGACUGGAUCAAUGAGGACAUACUUUAAUGUUAGUACUUGAUUAAGCUGUGUUAAAGCUCAGUGAAUAUGUUUACAAUAUUAAAUAGACAGAUUCUUUUUUUUCCGCAUAGCUUCCGGUCUCACCAUACUGGGAUACUGUUGUUAUUUAACAAACAAAUACACUAAGUAACUUUUAUGGAAUAAAAAAUGGAAAAUAUAUAAAUUCAUAAGUACUUAUUAAUAUAGCCACAAUUAAUCCUGCUAUAUUACAUCAUACAAAGUUCAACUCUGUUUAAAAACAUAUUACUUUAUAAAGCCACGUUUCAAAAUAAGUCAGAUUAAAAAAAAAGAGACUUAGAUCAAUUAGUUGCAGGUCAUAAUUAAUUAAUCACACUAUUCUUAAAAUGACAGUGAGCGGUAUAUUGUAUGGCUUGACAGUACCCGUUAAAAUUACUACUUUUUUGUCAUAAUAUGUUGAUUUUCUUGUCAUAAAAUUACAAUUAUAUAUAUUUUUUUACUUUAUUCUGCCAAUAAUAAUUUGAUAAAAUUUGAUGAUAAAAUUUGAUAAUAAAAUUUGAAAUAAUUUUUAAUAAUUUUUGGGCCCCUUUUAGUGUGGCUCUGUAAGGUAAUAAUGUUGCAAAUUUUCACGUCAUUAUGUCACAACCCCAUACAUAUUUUGUCAUAAUUUCGAUAAUUUGUGAUAACUUCUGCCAUAUUGAAGACUUUGUUACAAAAUGCGUACAUUUCAACACGUUUUGUAAUAACUUUUGCAAUAAGUAAUAAGUUAUUACAAAAUGCGGGAAAAUGUAUUUUAUAAUUCAUUCAAUAAUUAAAUUUUUAAAUGUAGCAUCAUUACAUAAUGACGUGAAAAUGUAUUAGAUUACAUUAUUAUUAUUAUUAUUAUUAUAUAAUGGGGCAUUACAGGCUCAAAUACUCAUUGGAUCCCGAUCCUUACUUAAAGUAUAUGAUAUAAAGUAUCGAAAAUUUUGCCCAUUCAUUGAGAAGAACAUCUCUGACGUUAGAGAUCGCUGAUGUUUGAUCUCAGAAAGUACCUCUAGUUUAUCUCGAAGGUGCGUAAUGGGGCAGACGUUAUGGAAAACUGUAAUGUUUCUACCAAAAAAUGGCAGCAUAAAAUUGUCCAAAAGUACUGACUCACACUGAAGUUGAGCUACGGUACAAUAUUCCUGAGAGCAGCAACCCCAGCAGGGUAGCGCCACCUAUUGUUUUGUCAGCCUCACCCGACCGUCUUGUUGCCGUGGAACUUGGAAAGGAGAAUGUUAUUGCUUGUUUUCCAGGCACCUAAUUACAAAGGGGGAAUGUGCUUCAUGCAGCAGGCCACCAGAUGAGGGAGGAAGAGCGGCCAAAUCAGGCACUCUGUCUGUAAUUACGCUUCACAGGCACUUGGCACGGUGCGCGAGAUCUCGCACUUCUUCCGAGCGGGCACACAGGGCCAGCACACAAAGGAAGGGGGACUUUGAGUUUGCAAAGUUUUUCCACUCUUGAGCAAACUAAUUGCCUCAUUAUUCCCCAAUAAGUCAUUUUGAGGCGUUUUUCUUCCCUCCGCGACUAACACCUCAGACACACGCACACAGCGCCCCGUGAGAGGGGAAAGGAUAUUAAAGCCGUUCAAGCAACAAACAAGAACAACACAGGCAGCUGGGGCCUUGUCAGCUUCAAUAACGACACUGAAAUAUUAGAUGGAGGCAACAGAUGUAGGAACUUAGCUGUUAAACUGUGAGCAAGGGAAUUUACUCUACGCAUUACAUGGAACUAAAAGACAUUGGAGUGUUUUUUUUAAGCUUUAUUCGAUUCAGGCAUAUAGAAACAUAGAACAGUAGGCGCUACAUAUAGUAUUAUACUGUAAACCUCAUCAAGGCUUGUGUUAUUAAUUGCUGUUUUGAUAUCAGUCUUGUAGAAGCACAUGCAACAAGUUUCCCAGGUUUGAUGUUUGCAGUGAAUAUAUAUUUUGAAAUAAUAUUUGGAAAAUUUGGUCCAUAAAUGUCAUCAGAUUUGCCCACAAGUUCAAUUAAAAACUAGCUAACAUUUUUGCAGCACAAUGAUCCUGUCAUGUAGAAGAUCUAGCAUUUAUGACUGUAUUAGACGUUUAGUGAGGUCAAAUUGCAUUAAUAUUAAAUACACAAAAGGCAUAAUGGUGGAAGUUCCACUGAAAAUGUGGCCCCCUGCGAUAUUAAAUAGCCUUGGUGAAGAGGAUGUUUUUUAUUUUAUAAACAGACAAAAAAAAUAAUUUAGAUAUGCUACACAGUAGAUUCACAAUGACAUGUCAUUCACCCUAUGUCAGUAAUAAUUUCAAAAUAUGCGAUAAUAGUCAACUCUUACAAUCUGGGACCUCAAAUAUUUUUAAUAUAUAUAUUAUAAUAUAAUAUAUAAUAACUCCGGUUUCCUCCCACAUUCCAAAAACAUGCUAGGUUAAUUGGCGACUCCAAAUUGUCCAUAGGUAUGAAUGUGAGUGUGAAUGGUUGUUUGUCUAUAUGUGCCCUGUGAUUGGCUGGCCACCAGUCCAGGCUGUACCCCGCCUCUCGCCUGAAGACAGCUGGGAUAGGCUCCAGCACCCUCCGCGACCCUCGUGAGGAAAAGCGGUAGAAAAUUAAUGAAUAAUAUUUAAUAUAAUAUUUCAGCAAGGGUGACCAAAAAUAUUAAAUAUGAUCAUAAGGACGCAUGCAUCAUGUCAGACUACUAGCGAUAACAGUGUACAACCACUAGCAUGGUUGCUGUAGUAGCCCGAUAACUAAGCUAAAGGGGAGACUGACUUCAAUUCCAUUCAAAUUCCAUCUGUUUUUAUUCUCCUUUCAUUAUCAUUCAUUAGUGACAAGUAAUUAUAUAUUUUACAAUUUAAAAUAGGUAUAUUAUACAUGGCAUACACUGUAAAAGCAUCUUAUUAGAUGAUUUUUAUUAGUGUGAUUACUAAUAACUUGUACUAGUAGUAACAUAAUUGCUAGUUACAUUAUAAAUUUUGUUUCAAUGCUUAAUUUUUCUUGUGCUGCGUGCCAGUAAACACAAGCUGCAGGCCACACAUGGCCCCUGGCCCUCACUUUGGACAUCCCUGAAGAUAGUACUACACUAUAGUAUGUGGUAAAUAAAUAAAUCAUAACUUUGCAAAAUAUGGCGAUACUAUCUUGGCAUUAACUUGUGCUUUAUUGUUAAAAAGUUUUAUUUGGAAUGGAAUCCCAAGAAGUUUAAAUCCGCGUGAUGUUCUGCGUGUCAACUACAGACACUUCCGGUAGUUCGGCGGGAGGGCCUCGCGCCGCAAUAAUGUGCACGAGCCAGCGGGCGCAACGUCAACAAGGCAUCUUCCUGUUAAGAGUGAAGAUGUCGUCGCCUCGUCGCGACAUAUUUCUAGACGGAGAAACAGUGUUAACGUCGUGGGUGAUGGACAGGAAGUACAGUAGCAGCACACGAACACUUGACACCACACCUAGCAACAAGGGUUGUCAAGGCGCAGGAAGCCACCCGGCUAGCUCGCUAGCAUAGCCGCUAGUGCUAGCUGGCAAGCUGGCUAAUUAGCUGGGCCGUGGCUCCCCAUGUUCGGCUCUUACCGAUGUGGUUAUCCUCGAUGUGCACGAUGAGCUCGGCCAGGGAGUCGAAAUGAAGUCCGCAGCUGCCGAACCUGCAAGCGUUGGAGAAGAAAGAAGCAGCGGCGAUGCCUGUCAUGGUCGCUGCUGCAUCGGAAAUGCGGGCGCACGGCACGGCACAGCAGCGGGCUGACGGCAGAAGGAGCACCAGCGGUGGGAACAGCUGGAGAGGCAAGCGAGGGGCGGUGUGCGGUCGAAGCAGCGUCAAAUUCGCCAGAGACAGGUGACCAGCCCAGAGUGUACGCUGUCUCUCGCCCAAAGUCGGCUCGGAUAGGUUCGAGUUCACUUGGGUCCUGAAGAAUGCUGUAACUCAGUCCAAGUUUAAUGACAAGUUGUGAUGAACUCAGACCUGGAAAGGCCGUUCAUUUGCAAUGCUCCUGGCUGUUCUCAGCGCUUUCCCACCGAAGACCAUUUGAUGAUCCAUCGACACAAACAUGAGAUGACUCUUAAGUUUCCUUCCAUAAAGAACGACAACAUGUUAUCAGACCAGACGCCAACGCCAACACGCUUCCUGAAGAACUGUGAGGAGGUGGGACUGUUCAGUGAGCUGGACUGCUCCAUUGAACAGGAGUUUUGCAAGGCCCAGGAAGAAGAGGACUCCAAACAGAACAUCUCUCUGCACGGCCAGGCGGGCCAAGGCCAACACCAGCAGUCCCACUCAAGAAUGGGCAACCAUGAUACCAGCAUAGUGAUCCAGCAGGCCCUCCCCUCUCCCCAGUCCAGUUCCGUCAUCACUCAGGCUCCAUCCACUAACAGACAGAUUGGGCCUGUCCCUGGCUCUCUGUCCUCAUUGUUGCACCUAAGAAACAGACAGAGACAGCCUCUGCCAGCCUCCAUGCCUGGAACGCUUCCAGACCCCACCAUGCCCGGCUCCUCCGCUGUGUUGAUGCCCAUGGAGAGACAAAUGUCCAUGGGUGCCAACAUGAUGGGUAUGCAAGGUCCCACCCACAGCAGCCCCUGUUCCUCCGCGCACAUUCCCUCCAUGCACUCAGAGGCCAAACUGAGGCUGAAAGCUGCACUUUCACACCACCCGGGUGCCAUCGCCAACGGGAACAUGAACUCCAUGGGCCACAUGAUGGAGAUGAUGUCGUCGCGGCAAGAGCAAGGCACCCACCAUCACAUGCACUCGCACCCGCACCAGCACAUGCAAGCACCUCCCCACGCGUACCAGCACCACGGCCACCACCACCACCACCAAAGCCAGGGGCACGGCCAGGGCGGCCACCAUCACCCGCAGGGACACAACCCCCAUCACAACUCCCACAAUGCUCACCUCCAUCCUGGACACCCACACCAGACCUCGCCACAUCCUGGAAUGCACUCUGCUUCACAGAUGUCACCAGCCACACAGCAGAUGCAGCCCACGCAGACGUUGCAAUCCCCGCCCCCUAGUGGCGGACGACGUAGGAGGGUAGUGGACGAAGACCCGGAUGAGCGUCGGCGGAAGUUUCUGGAACGAAACCGAGCGGCGGCGACGCGAUGCAGACAGAAGAGGAAAGUGUGGGUGAUGUCGUUAGAGAAGAAAGCAGAAGAACUCACGCAGACCAACAUGCAGCUUCAGAAUGAAGUGACAAUGCUAAAGAACGAGGUGACCCAGCUCAAGCAGCUCCUCCUCACACACAAGGACUGUCCCAUCACCACUAUGCAAAAAGAGUCCCAAGGUUACCUCAGUCCUGAGAGCAGUCCAGCAGGAAGUCCAUCUCCAGCUUGCACGCAGCAGCAGGUCAUUCAGCACAACACCAUCACCACCUCCACCACAACAGUAGGGGGCAGCAAUGUGCACGGACAAGCCAACAGCCGAACAGACAUUAACCCCAUCCACUAGGGAGCAAAGAGACUGUAUAGCCCUGGUGGUCCGCCCACUUCCUCUGCUUUUUGAGGCUCCCCAUGCUGCACAUGUCGCCCCCCCCCACCCCACCCCCCCACCCCCAUCGAGAAGAACCUCAAAGGCCUCCAAGGCUGUUCUUUUUACAGUAGCCAUGGUAUGUAUUUUUAUAGAGCUUAUAACCUGCUCAUGUUUUAUGUUUUGUUGCUUUACAAUUCUUAUUGUGACUUUUGCUCAUGCAGUGUUUUUUUGUAGCGGUACAAAAUGGACCAAAGCGUUCAUGAAACAAGAGGGAAGCGACCGGAGAUGCAUCUCUAUUUGAGCUGUGGACGUACUUAUGAGUCAAAGCAUUUCACAGACACACCUAAUAUGUUUUCACAAGGGUGUAGUAGGAAAUUGUGCAAAAUAAAAAAAAAAGGGCACCGUGCAGUAGAACCUUUUACAGCCUGUUAUAAUAUAGUACAUAAAUAUAAAUCAUUGAAUUAACUUUUUAACAUGAUGUCACACACGUUUAAAAAGUAUCUAAACAUUAAGUAAACACCUCAGUACACCUCUUUGGCCAUAUUGUAUUUCUGUUUCUGUGGUUAUCAUCACACUCUACCAUUUCCCGUAAAAAAAAGCCAAAGAAAAAGCCACAAACACACCUAUGCAGUUAAUCCUGAACCAAGAUUUGCUAAAGUUUCCACUGCAUUCCAGCCCAUAUUGGACUAUAGUCCAACUUCAAAUAUAUAUUUUGCUGUGAACUUGGUUAGGGUUAGUGGUUAGAGUGUAUAAUUAUUUGGAAAAAAAUAAUUAUUAAGAAAUAAUAGAGUAUAUUUCAUUUUUGUACAAAAUCCUACUAAAUUCUUUUGACAACAGACAACAACCAUAAUAUAAUUAACAUCACCAUAAUGGAUUUGAAAUAAAUCACAAUGUAAUCGAGAGUUGUUUGGCGCCACCUGUUGGUAUAAAUUUAUAAACACCAAAUAUAAACCCACCUGUCUUUUACUAGACUUGUUUUAUAUUCGGUUAAUACGGUACUGGUUUACUUGUACGCCCCCUUCAGGUCUUGCAGUGUAGUGUAGUGGGUGGCCAGUUGUUACUUGCUAGCCAUCCAAACAAUUCAUGUAUCAACAUAUUGCCACUCUAUGUGUGGAAUGGUCUCACCUUGGCCACCCCACUAGCUCUCCCACUGCAUGGUAAAGAGAUUACCGUAAUUUCUAGACUAUGGGUCACUUUUCGCAGCCCGGAAGUGUCGCCAUGUUUCUCUUGUAUCUCUUCUUUAGAAGUUUACUCAACAUUAACUGAGGAUAUAACGCCAUCUACUGGUCACAUUUGACAUUCCAGUGAACUACAUGGACACUUGUCACUGUAUGCAAUCAGUACCGGAAAUGCAAUCGAUUCUACGCAUGUGCAGAACACAUCGACACUCACGUGUCAGGCAGGUGUAAUUACGUCAUCUGUUGAGCUAAUAAAACGUAUAUAAAACGUUUUAAAAACGCUAUAAAACGUUCGGCAACAAGAUUUCUACCGCAGGUGGAAUAUAGUGUAAGUCACUCACCCCCCACACACAAAACAGUAUUAAUUAAAUAGUAUAAAUCUUUUUAUUCUUUGGUUCCAUCAAUUAUUAUUAUAAGUUUUCUUUUUACAGACAAAAGUAGUUACUAGCAAGCAAUAUGCUAGCAUUAUGCUAGCUACCAAUAUGUUUCAUUGCACACUUCUUCUGGUCGUUUACAUCCAAAUACUGCAUUUUAUGUGUUGUUUUAUUAUAUUUAUCCAUGUAUAUUAUACACCGGAAAUUAUGGUAGUAUAUUAUACGCAAUACUGAAGGAAAACCCAUACGGGUUGUAUGAGAACAUGAUUUCAUUUAAAAUCCAUUGUGGUGAUGACACAAACACUGUUGUUGUGUUAGCAAAAUGAGUGUUUUAACACAUUUUUCCAUCUCAUUUUUGGACCAAGUGACUUUUAAAGGUGUUGAUGGGAAAUAGGGUAUGCAACAUAAGAGACUGUUAUCAUCAUUGCUGAAAGGAAAGCAAUAGAAAUCUAAUAUGAACACUGUGAUAGCGGCAAGGCAGCUUCAUUGGAAGUCCCAAACAUCUCACCACCUCAAGCUUUAACAUGUGUGUCUAAUACAGUAUGACUUAAAUCUUUUUUUUGUUUGUUUUUAGUACUCAAAGAGGUGUGUGUGACGAUGCUUCUUCCCAUAACGAGUAUGGUUUCCUAUUUCUAUGCCAGUGCUUUUCCAAAAUGUCACAAUGUGCCUCAGCUUCCAACAUCCAUAUCCAUUUCCUUCUGCUUAUUGAUCCUUUUGCCUCCUUAUUGGCUUUUGUCUUGGAUUUCUCACCUUGUGACCUCCUGCCAGCAUCCCGAUGAAUCCAUCUUGCUCAGGCCUGUUUGUAACUGGACGGCGACAUACUGUACGCGCUCCCUCCCAGGAAACGGGAUCUUUUUCCCCCCGCCCGACCCCCACUUUCUGAGCAGGAAUGCUUCAAGCUUAAAGCGCUGAGAGGUACGUCACACAGCCGUAUAUGCACUUUGUCCUCUGCAGUGCCAGAGGCUACCAUAGCCAUAUUCCUAAAGCUGGCAUCCUCAGCGGAUCCCUGUCCCCCUUUACGGAAUACACCAGCUAGAAUGUGUAACACUUGAAAUAUUCCCCGUUGUGUCCGUUGAAGGAUGUUCCCCUUGAUAUUUUUCUGUUACUCUGACUUGUAUGCAAGUUUGUGCAAAUCGAAUUGAAAUUCCUGAAAUCAAGGUUUAAAAAAAAAAAAAAAAGUUCAUUUUUGACUAAAAGGUUUUCUUACCAGUUACUUAAUGCUAGACCGGUAAUAUAUGUCCUAAAAUCUGACUUCUAUAACCUAAAGUGCCAAAAUCUAGCCGUGAUGAUGACUUUUCGACAGCAGAUGUAUGUUCAAUGCCCUAGAAGUGCUAUUGUGUACUUGGUAUGCUUUUUACAGCCCCUUUCCUUAGUUCUUAUACUUUUGCAUAAGUGGAGCCUUUUUCUUACGGACUCUAACAUUUCACUGUUAGAACGUCAUUAAAAAGUCACUUUAGGUGAAAUCAUCCGUCUGCCUGCUAUUUUAAUAGUCUAACUCAGGUUUUAGUAGAUAUUAGUUAAUAUAAUUGCUUAACAUGCAAUAUGUUAUAAUAAGAAAAAAAUAACUUAAGUCAAAAAUAAGUCUUUUUAACCUUGAUUUCAGGCGUGCGAUGUUGCUUACAUUUCACUUUUUGCAGUCUUAACCUUUGCAUUAGUGUGGGGGGGUGUCCAGUUGAAAGACGGGCCACAUUGACACAAAAACAUUUUCAAGAAUAAAGUCGUAAAUUAAAACUGGCCUAAAUUGACAAGAAAAAAAUUUGUAAAUUAACAAGUGUAAAGUCAUCAAUUCACGAGAAAAAAAGCCAUAAAAUUAUAAGAAUAAAGUCAUGAAUUUACAUGAAGAAAGUAAUAAAUUUAUGUGCAAAAAAGUAGUAAUAUAAGAAUAAAGUAAUUAAUUUACAAGCAAAAAAGUUGUACAUUUACAAGAAUAAAGUCAUACAUUUACACUAAAAAAGUCAUAGAUUACAAGAACAAAGAAUAAAAUCAUAUGACAAUAAAGUUCUAAAAUUAUGAGAAUAAAGUUGUCCAUUUACAACAGUCAUAAAUUUACGUGAAAAAAGUCAUAAAAUUACAAGAAUAAAGUUGUAAAUUUACAAGCAAAAAAGACGUAAUUUACGAAAAUAAAGCUGUAAAUGUAUGAGAAAAAAGUUAUAUAUCUACAAGAAUAAACUCAUAAUUUCUGAGGAAAAAAAGCUGUACAAUUAGAAUAGAAUAAAGUCAUAAAUUCAUGAAAAAAAGUCAUAAAAUUACAAGAAUACUCAGAAAUUUACCAGAAUUAAGUUGGUUUAAAAAAAAUUUUUUUUACAAGAACUAAGUCGUAAAUUUACACACCAAAAAGUCACAACAUUACAAAAAUAAAGAUGUAAAUUUACAUGCAAAAACGUUGGAACAUUUACAAGAAUAAAGACAUAAAAUUACAAUAAUAAAGUCGUAAGUUUAGGCGAAUAAUAUGUAAUAUUACGUGUCAUAAGUGUAAGGGAAGAGAAGGGAAAAGAUUCAGGGAAGCUUUUAUUUAUAACGUGGCAGCAAAACGGAGCAGUUGAGCAUUUAGCAAUUUAGACUUGACUUUAUACAUACAGUACAUAUACAUACAUAUAGUUUAUUUUCUCGUAAACUUACAACUGUAUUCUCAAAAUCUUAUAUUUUUGUUUUCCAAUGUGGCCCUAAUACUUUGUGAUAAUUAAUAACAUUUUUAGUAUUAGUAAUAAAAGGCAUUACAGCAAAGUCUUAAAUGUACAACUUUGUUUCUCAUAAAUUUACCAUUUUAUUCUGAAUUGUGUCCCUAAUACUCUCAGUAAAGUAAAAAAAAAUGCUGUUUUAUACAGUCGAAAAGCCAGCAUUUCAAGAGACCUGCACACAACCAAAGUUCCUCCUGCACUAAGACCGCUACAUAGUGUCUGCAUAGUAAAUGUCUUGUUUUUGUUGUUGUUAUCGUUACACAUCGGACACCCCCCUCCUGUGUGUGUGGAUGAAUGUGUUCUCCUCAAAAAGGGCUUUAUUCCAUCUUUUGAAACCACAUCUUGUAUUAUUAUUAUUAUUAAACAAAAUCUCACAUGAAAUCAUUUGAGUGGGACUCAGCAGGAGGACGUCACUGUUGUGACAAAAAUGGCAGAUUUCAGGAAAAUUCAUAUUUGUUGCUUUAUAUGGAGGAAAAUGUUGUGUCGGAGAAUAAUUCCUACACAUGAAUACUUUAUUAAAUGUAAUAAAUAUUGUAAAUAAUGCCCUGAAUUUGUAUAAUCAUAUCCAUGUAAAGCAACCACCUUUCUUGUUGAAGGGAAAUACAUGCGUGUACAUAAUGUUUGCAUUGUAGCACUUGCCUUUUGUCUCCGUGGAGGCUCGUUUCAACGCGUCAAUACGUUCUUUAUAUGUCAUCAAUUGAUCCUUGUCUGCAUAACUUUGUACAUUUGUGUCCCCCAUUUUUGUUUUUUUUUUGCAUUUGUACAGAUGUCCGACAUUAUCGCUGCAGUUACAUUAUGGUAUGAAAAUAAAGCACUUGCUCUGCAACAUGCAGCUAA